GGUACAUCUCUAGCUCAUUAGCCAGUACGUUUCCCAGAUAAAAAAAGAAACCAUCCAGAUCCGAUGGCCGAGCAGGGGAGCAAGACGCCGAGCUGGUGGAGGAGGUUCCGGUGGCUAUACGCGGCGCGGUGCACGGUGGCGUGCGUGGUCACCCUGGUGGCCGUGGCAGUGAUCGUUCGGGCGGUGGUGGUGAUGCUCCACCACGAGAAGCUCCAGCUGAAGCUCGCCGGCGGCCACGUGUCUGUCGACUACAUCCCGUCGCUGCCGCCUCCGGGCAACGUCGUGGUCUUCAGGGUCGUCCUCAGGGCCAACAACCCCGGCGGGCGCGCCACCCUUGUUUACACCAACUUCACCGUCCGGCUCAUGGACGCGUCGGCGGCGGCGGCGUCACCUACUGCGAGGAUCACCGAGUUUGACCUGCCGCAGCCCAUCGACGUUCCGCAGCGUAUGGCGCACGAGGCGACCGCGGUGGCCCAGCUAGAGCCGCCGGAGGACCUGCCGAUACGGUACGUGCGCGCGUUCUACGAGGGUCGCGGCGUGUCCGGCGCGGAGAUGGAGCUGAGCGGGGUCUUGUCCACCCGCACGGUGAUGGCCACCACCAGCGUCCUCCCCACGUACUACUGCUGGCCGGUGACCAUCGCCGUCAGCCCGGGCGACUCCUCCGCCGACGUGCCCUGCUUCGAAAAGCUGGACGCGCCGGCCCAUGUGUGA